GACAGUCUCCAAAAGUCCGACCGGCACCAAGGGAUAACGGAGACAGUCCCCGCUCCUCCAAAGUGCUUGAGUUUGGUCAGUGGCUGGACAGAAGACGGUCCUGCGCGCAGCGGCGCGGGGCAGCGGCUGUGGAUGACCGCCGGGGUUCUCAACUUUUCACUUCAGCGCCCGCAAGCUCGUCACGCCGAGUUCCUCCACUCCUUCUAGUCUCCUUUCUCUCGAUCCGCCUCCCCGACAGUCGGGAGGAAUGGCAGAGAAGCGGCGGUCCCCGUGCGCACUGAGCGUCAAGGCGCACGCGUUCUCGGUGGAAGCCUUGAUCGGGGCGGAAAAGAGACGCAGGACGGCCGGAGAGGAUGCCGGCUCCCCCCGCUACGAGGAUGGGAAUGAUGUUUCUGACUUAACCGGGCCCGGACUCCGGGCGGCCAAAGCGUGCGCAGGCGACCGCGCCAGCGAGGCAGAAAGCGCGAGUGACGGCUCCCAGAGCGGAGAGGACGCGCUGCUGGAGAGCCCGCAGCCCGCAGCUCCGUGCGCGGCGCCGGCCGCCGGCACCGGGGAGGAGACCCGCGUGGAUCUGCAGGGAUCAGACCUGUGGAAACGCUUCCACGAGAUCGGCACGGAGAUGAUUAUCACAAAGGCUGGACGGCGGAUGUUUCCUGCUAUGCGUGUGAAAAUUACGGGCUUGGACCCCCACCAGCAGUACUACAUAGCCAUGGACAUUAUCCCCGUGGACAACAAACGCUAUAGGUAUGUAUAUCACAGCUCAAAGUGGAUGGUGGCAGGGAAUGCAGACUCUCCAGUGCCUCCCAGAGUAUACAUCCACCCGGACUCUCCGGCCUCUGGAGAGACGUGGAUGCGCCAAGUCAUCAGCUUUGACAAGCUCAAACUGACCAACAAUGAGCUGGAUGACCAGGGACAUAUCAUUCUGCACUCCAUGCACAAGUACCAGCCCCGGGUCCACGUGAUCCGGAAGGAGUGCGGAGAGGAGUUAUCUCCAGUCAGAGCCGUCCCAGUGGGGGAAGGCACCCUCACCUUCUCCUUCCCCGAAACCGUGUUCACCACCGUUACAGCAUACCAGAACCAACAGAUUACAAGGCUGAAAAUUGACAGAAACCCCUUUGCCAAAGGCUUCAGAGACUCUGGUAGAAACCGGAUGGGCCUGGAGGCUUUGGUUGAGUCGUAUGCAUUCUGGCGUCCAUCUCUGCGAACACUCACAUUCGAGGACAUCCCUGGCAUGGCGAAACAAGGAGGUCAUCCGGGAGUAGGAACAUCAUCUCACCUUCUCUCCACAUCCCCGUGCUCGUCGCCUUUCCAGGUUUGCCCCCUCAGCCCACCAGACUACACCUGUAGUCGGCCCACACACCCCCUCCACCGCUACGGCACCACCUCGGAGCCCUUCCCCGCUCCCAGAGGUCCAUCCGGGUACGAGGGGGAAGGAUUCUGCUCCUUGCCUCUCCCCACUGCUCAGCUCGGCUACCUAUCCAACCCCACCUCGCAGGGCUACGCCGGCCUCCGCCUCCACACGCCGCCCUACAGCCUGUAUGGCUACACCUUCCCCCCCUCACCACGCCUCGCUGCCAGCCCUGACAAAAUGGCCACCGCUGCUACAGCCAGUCAUCAGAGCCCCUUUCUUGGCUCAUCUCCCAGUGGGACCUUAACAGACAGUCUUGGUGUGCUCAGUGCAGGACAGCAGGGCUUCUUGUUCGACUCACGGACUUUAGGGGUGGCCAGUAGCCAGCCGGGAGGUGGGGCAUCACAGGUCACUGCCCAUAUGGGCUAAAUUUGACUCUGACAUGUCACAAAAACAGAAAUUGCACCCAGGGAGAGGCGCAAUUUACUUUUAGGCUCAAAACAUUCUAUGAAUUAACUAUCCUUAUGCUGACACAGCAUCAGGCUAAACUGUGGACAAAGAGUGACCGGUUAAUGAGCGGCUGUAUCUAUUGAGCAUGGUUUCUACCACAUAAAUGUGCAGCUGCAGCGGUUUCUAAAGGAACAAACUUUGGGAGGAGGCUGCCGACACAACUGGAACGGCUGGGCUCAAACUGGGCAGCUCCAGGCGAUCAAAGCGAGUGCUUCAGCCCCUGGUAGGAGUCCCGAUGACCCUCGUAUUGCCUCUUACUCCGCCACCAUGACUUUGCCCAACUUUGGAUGGAGCUCCGAAACAAGGCUUGUUAUUCCAGGCCUCAGAGUUCUUUCAGUUAGGUCCACGUAUUGACAUGCACUAGAGGCACAGCCUUUUCAUCGCUCAGACUGAAGAAAAAAUAAACGACUCCCUUUUACACAACGUAACUGCAGCCCUAACGCAUAUUAACACCAUGACAUCAUUGCAAUGAAAGACCACUGGAGACGUCCCGUUUUUGGAGUACUGGGGUCAAAACUCUGGGAGAGUGACACGUAGCAAACUGUGUCUGCAUAUCUGACAGGACUUUAGCUCUGUGGACGCCCGUCUGAGCUGCAGCCUCAGAGACAUAAACCUGAGGUAUAUCACUCUGUAUAUAGCAGGGGGUGGGAGUGGG